AUUGACCAUCAUCGUAGUAGCACAGAACUCAAUUCGAUCGAACAACUGCUUUAUAUUGCUAAUAUCGGUAAAGGUAGAUCAUCAUGUUUUCUAUUGGCACGCUUUGCUUUACCGAGGCUGCAAUACCCCAGCCCCAUGUGGUUCUCAAACAGAGCCUCGCAGGUCUUCGAUGCGCUGGUGCAGUUUCAGCUCUCUAUUAAGUGUGUAUUCACCCACUCCAUUGCAGCUUUGCCCUCCAGACCAUUAUCUUCGAUCCUUCGAUCCUUCGUUCUCAACAAUCUUGCAUUCAGCCUUCGAGACAGAUGGCUGCAGCAAGGCAUCACGUUUGACCUUGAUGAGGCCAUCGAGCACAAUCGGGCCGCACUGGGGCUACUCCCCCGGUGUCAUUCCAAUCGAGUUUUCGUCUUCGUAACGUGGUCGAUAAAUUCACUGAAGACCGAUCACCGCAAAUCUUGCAGCUGAUCAUGCAAUGGGAUGAUGUCAUCACACAUAUGCGCAUGCUUCUCCACUUUUCACGCUUUCUCCUGCCUCCACUGUUUUCUGACCUCCAGACGGCCGCUGAAGAUGGUCCAGUGAUCAUCCUCAAUGCUAGUCAGCACAGCUGCGACG